ACUCCCUACGAUAAAAGUGAUUUACACGACUUCCAAAGCGAACACGUGAGACAUGUAACAAGAACCUUUGCUGCUGAAUGUCGUGCAACGAAACCUAUUGUGUUAUUUCGAUUAUAACAUAAAAAGGUAAAAAAUUCUAUUAAUUGGCAGAACAUUUGUCAGCCAGCUGUCUUCUAAGGAUGCCAGCAGGUGUAUCGUGGCCAAGAUACCUAAGGAUGUUUGCAGCCAGUGUGUUGUCAAUGUUUGCUGGAGCACAGGUUGUGCAUCAAUAUUACCGUCCUGAUUUAACCAUUCCAGAGAUCCCGUCAAAGCCUGGAGAACUGCGAACAGAACUUCUUGGAUUAAAAGAACGACAGACAGACUCUCCAUCUCAGAAACAAUAACCCGUUCAUUUUUGUCAUUCUAAGUAAAAUAAUGCUUUUUUUUUAUUCUGUGAAUAAAACUAUUUAUAUAAACUUG